GGGGCUGCUUGGACUUGUACAUACUUGCACUUGUACCAUCUCACCCCCUCUCACACCUUACCUGAAAUCCAUGAACACCAGGAAUCAACACCUCACUGGAAAUACAACACUUGACACUGAUCACUUUCGCUGGUGUUCAGAAACAUCAUCUCAUUACAUUGAGAUAACUAAUAUUCUUUUGCAAGGUCGGGUUAAUAGAAUAGAUUUAUUGCAUUCACACGUGUUGGCUGUGAUGCUGCGUUUUAUUGUUGUCACGUUUUGUUUUUCCACAUUUCUGAAAUUUCAGUUGAAAUGAGCGAUUGGCUAACUUUAUCCUACUUUGAAAGCACACUUGUCAGUAUAAUAUGAUCCUGUUUCAUUCCCAGCCCAAAGAUCGUUGACGAUUAACUUGGUCCAAUUGUGGUUCCCGGGUUAGCUCUCAACGCGGUGGCUGGUGCAAGCGCCUCUGAAAAUGUUCAUGUAAAAAUAAGGCGAGGUCGUGGCUUUCUAAAUGCAAAACAUGUCGCUUGGACGAAAACACAUUCAGUUUUUUUUUUUUCUCGUUGAGGAAGUUUAUUCAGGGUCCAGAACAAGAAGGAUUAGUUGAAGUUUUUGGUUGCAGUCUGCGUUUUCCAGACAUGUUUUCACGAAGGAAAAUUCGAUGAAAACAAGUAGGAAGUUCUUGGCUGGUUAACUUUUCCAAGAAAGUCGUUUCUUUACUGUGAGAUGCAGAAGACGUUCUCCGGGCAUAAAAAAUAACAAGAGAACAUGAAAGACGACGACUUCUCUGCAGAAGAAGAAGAGAUGCAUUCCUUCAGAUGUGAACAAAGUGAUGUAAAUCUGUUUGCUAAUGAAGCAGAGAGGACCGCAAGACCCGGCUGCUGCAGAUGCCACGCUCCAUGGUCAAUAAGUGUGGCUGUGAAAGUGCUGUACAUAUUUUUUAGUUGUCUCAUCAUAGCUGUUGCUGUGUUGGCAUCUGUAGUCUUCAGAAAGGUUGACUCCAUAACUGAAGAUAUCAACAUGGCCCAGUCAUUUUACGAUACAAAGAUUAACUCUGUGCAGAUGAAUAUUAAAGAGCUCGAUCAAAAAUCUAUCAGCCAAAAUUGUUCUUCGUGCCAUGAAGUUUCUCACUUUGCUCAAGAGAUUGUUGACCUGCAGAAAGAGUUUGAACAGAUACAGCAAUUACUUCUGGCACAAGAGCCAGUGCUGGAUGAGACCGUUCAAAAUCAUCAAACAUUAUCGUUGGACAACCGCAGAAUCAGUAAGCAGGUUACCUAUUAUACAACGUCUAUUGAGCAGAUUAACCGAACGAUGGAACGAUUUUCAAUGAAAGUAAAUGGCUUGCAAACACUUGUAAAGGAACUCGAUGGGUUUAUGAGGAGGCUGUCCCAGGAUCAGUAUGAUAUAAGUAUUGGAGUACAACAUGUGAACAUCACCACUAACCAUAAUUCACUAUGGCUUGAAGAGAUUCAAAGAAAAACGGAUGAGGAAACCAUAACACUACGGAAGAUAGUGACAGACUGGCAGAACUCUACAAAAGUGUUUGGAGUCCUACGGGCUGCAGUGAGCAAGAUGAAUGACAUGGUGAAAAGUGUUCAGAAGACUCUGGCCGCCACGCUCCAAACAAUCUCUCAGAAUUCUGAGUUCAUGCACGACUUAAGCCUGCAACUACUGUCCGUGCACGAGCAGUUCGACAAUAUAUCCACCUACCUUGACGACCAUGAAGAAAAUAUUCAGGACAUUAUCUACCAUGCAAAAUAUUAUGAAAAUAGAACAGCAGAGAGGUUUGAAACCGUUAUGGGGCGAAUGGUUGCUCAGGAAACUGAAAUUAAUACCAUACUGGCCAACAUCAAUGCCACGAAUAACCAUGUGCACAGUAUGAUCAAAUACAUCGGCGAUGUAAGGACAUCUUGUUCCAGUGGGCUCGGAACCCAUUCUGAAGAACUUUACCACCUCAACAUUUCCCUAGCCAUUAUUCAGGGCACCACUGAUAUGUUAAGACAACGCUAUAAUCUCUUAAGCGCAAUACUUAAUAAAGAAAUUAACAAACUUGGCGUCGUUAUGGAAGAAAUGAAAAUUAUUAAUUUGCAACAUGGAGAAGCAAUUAAAAACUUCACAAUUUUGAGAGGUUUGCCCGGACCUCCUGGACAAAAGGGAAACAGAGGAGAAUCAGGGGUAAAAGGAAACGUUGGAUUUGCAGGACCAAAGGGUGAAAUGGGUGACAUGGGACCCAAUGGAAAACAAGGUGCACGAGGUUUGGAUGGACUCCCUGGUGAUCGUGGAGAGAAAGGUCCAAGAGGUGCAGCGGGAGAACAUGGUCCCAAAGGAAAUAAAGGGAACACAGGGAGGUCUGGUGUGCAGGGUCAAACUGGUCCUAAAGGAAACAGAGGUCCACAAGGGAAACCAGGACCACUUGGUCCCAAAGGGCAAACAGGAACGAAAGGAGAUUCUGGAUUUCCAGGUCCCCUGGGAUUUAAGGGGGAGAUGGGAAAAGUGGGCCCUCCAGGACCACCAGGCUCAACAUAAAACAAAGCACUUUAUUUUGUUAAACUUAUUGUAUGUUAAUUAUAUAACCGUGUAUCACAAAAUGUAUGCAUUUUAUCAGCAGAAUUUAAUGUCAAAACUAUGAAACAGAUUCAAUUAAACUGAGAUAGUCACCAUCACUGACAUGUGAACUCUUGAUCACAUGCAACUAGUUGCCAGCAACAACUUUAAAUAGUCAUUGUUGAAAUGUAUUGUACACAGUAAACGUCAUGGCAGUGAUUAAAUGUCAUUUUGGUUUGGCUGUUAAAAGUCAGAUGGUUUCGUUGAUUGCUACAAUCUAGAAACUGGCCCUUCAGCCCACUCUGUCCAUGUUGACUGUCAGGUGAUAGACACAAAUUGCUGGAGUAACUCAGCGGGUCAGGCAGCUUCUGUGGAGAAAAGGAAUAGGGGACGUUUUGGGUAGAGACCCUUCUUCAGACCAUCAGGUGCUCAUCUAUACUAAUCCCAUUACCAGCACUGGUCCUUAGCUUUCUAUGCCAUAGCAAUUUAAAUGCUCUCCUAGAUACUUAAUUAUUAUGAUAGUCCCUGCCUCUACUGCCCUCUCAGAUAGUGGCAUUCCAAACUGCAACUAUCAGCUGGGUGAAAAACAAAAAUCUUGUACUACUUACAUUCAAUCUAUGGCCUCUGACUACGUACAGUACACAUAAUAUAGGUGUUGUGCAAUUAAGAAGUCGAAUGUCUAUUUUGGGCCUCAGUGGCGUCAGUAUAAUGGAGCAACACAGGAGCCUUGCCUGAUCCAUAUCGGGUUCUUAACUGAUCACUGAAUGUCCUUAUAUUAAAAAAAAAACAUUGUUGCUUUGAUGCCAGAAUAGCAAUUCCUGAUUGCCAUUUCUGAGGUUGGCUUUGGGCUGCUGCAUCAAAAUAAGUUGGUCACUAUAGGCAAGCUUGGUAGGUGCUGGACAGAUUCUCAGUUAAAAUAAUAAUAAAUGGGCUGCAGCCCAAUCUUUAUUCAGUGUUGUGACUUUCCACCACAGGUACGUCACAGUCAUACUGGGCAUCAUUGAAUGUAUACUCUCAUGCAAAAUAUUCAUAUACCAUUUAAAGUUGCAUCUUUACUGGCUUAUUCUGUUCUGUAAAUUGACUACAGUGUGGGAUUUUAUACCUAUCAUGUAAAUCCAUAAACAAUUUUUAUCAAAAUGUUUACUGCCUUAAACAUUAAGUUAUUUUAAUUAGUUUUAAUUUCCAUCCACUUUUAAUGCAUUAUUUGUUUCUUGUUUAUAUAAAUGGUGUUAAAAUCGGAAAAUGUGUAGUUUCAAAGUGUUGGAUUGCUUCCAACUUGCUCCUGCGAAAGAUAUCCCAUGUUUAAUCACCGCGCUUAUAGGGAAAUAAAUGUUAAAGCAGCAUGAAAAUGUGCCAAGGUCUAUGAUAGUGCUUCACAGCUUUGACAUCUGUGCUACUGAGUAAUUCUUCCUACAUAAUACUGUUCAGGGGUGGGCAGGACUCGCCCAAAAGGAAAAAUGUUUGUUUUUUUUUCUCAAUGGGGUACUCGUUAAUAAUUCAGUGGAUUUAUAUUAUAUAAAAUACAGAUUAGAAUAUAGGCCACCCCUGUAUUUUAAUCAUGUGACAAUGUUGCUGCAUGAUGCAAACGUUCUUAUUGCCUAAUAGUGACGUUCUUAAGUAUAUCCAUUACAUUUUCGCAGGGAUAUGUAUCCUUUUGCUAAAAUGGUUGUCUGUUGAUAAAUGCGAAUCCAACUCAUGGCCCAAAGUCAGAGGUUUGACUUUGCCAGCAGUCAAAUUGAAUAUAUGUUUCCAGAAGAAUAAGAAUCUUAGCACCCCUAAACAACAUCUUCCCUGCCAUUACCACCAUACCAUACAAAUAAGUAAAACAAGUAUCAUGCACUCAACAACCAUAAACGCUUCCUCUAAAACUGACAACUUUAUAUGGGACCGUAGGAAAAAAAUGUAUUUGCUUUAAUUUACAAAAAUGUGACGUUACCUGAAUGUAUUAAAAAAAACAUUUGCUUCCAUAUUUACUGAAAAUCUGAGAAAUUCAAGCAAAAACAUGAAGCAAAAUGAUGCUUUAAACAGAUUUGAACAUCUCCCUCACUUAAUAUCCUUAUUGCUAACACAUUAGGGUCAAUUUCUGCUCUCUGGGAAUAAGCAAUACAAGGAAUAAGUGGUAUAUAUUAUUUGUAGGCAUUCAUUACAUUUUAUUUGUUCUCAAUACAAAGUUAAGAGCUGCAAUAGAAUAAUUUUAGCAAUUAAAUGAUGUUUUAUUUACCUUCUAUCUAGCCAGAUAUUUGUGAUAACUACAGGAUGAUGAUUAGUCAAGUUUCACUACAGAGAUGCAUUACAUCAAAUGUAAAUAAUGUAUGUAAUUUGGUGGUUUCUGUUCAUUAUGAUACUGUUAUAAUAGUUAUAUCCUGAAUUCGGAUGAACUCUACCAAAAGUUCACAUGCUGACAAUAAUCAGGUUAUCUUCAUGAUGCUCUUCAAUCCUUUUAAUUAAAUCUGUGACAACUUAAAAUAAAUUUUAAGAUUUGUGCUAUUUUUAACUUUUUAUCGCAGUUUGAAAUAUUUUCUGCAAAAUAUUUGAUUGUGAAUUGGAAUAUUAACUGAUUUCCUUUGUAAUUAUGUUUAAACUGCAACUGGUUUGCAUGCUGUUAUAAAUGUAAUCUAACUAAUAUAAGCUUUGUAACUUGUUAUUGUAAACAGGUAUCUGAAGUCCAGACCAAAUAAAUGUUGUAUGCCUCACUA